AUGCCAACAGAAGAAUUUGAAAAAGUUAAACGCAAUGUUGGUAAUUUAAUAUCACCAAAUGGAUUUUUUUCAACUUCAAGAUAUCUCAAUAUCGUUUUAGGCUUUAUUGCCGGCUGUGAAAGUACAGCUGAAAAAAUAGCUGUUUUAUUUGAAAUUACUGUUGAUUCUCAACUUGAUUCCGUUAUUUUUGCUGACAUUCAUACAUACAGUCGAAUGCCUGAAGAGAGAGAAGUUUUGUUUAGCUUAGGAGCCGUAUUUAUUAUUACACAUGUGAAAUAUAAUUCGGAUAUAAAUGUAUGGAAAAUUUAUCUAAAAGCAACUGAUGAAGGAUCGAAACAAAAAAGUGAGUAUUUAAAGUUAAUACAAAAAUAA